AUGAAAAGCAAAAUCGUCCACACAGAUAAGAAACGUUUGUGUAAUGGAAAACUGUGUGCGAGCAAAGCUGUACCAACUUCGUCGGAACUUCGUGUUUGCUUAGGCUCGUCUCUGGCGAAAGCAUUUUUCGAAUAUAGUCACGACGAUACGAAAAACCUGUUGAAUUUAGUAGCGUCGGAAAAAACACCGAAGCCCUGUUUUACGAUUCCAAUCGAUGAUCGUUUACACGAGGACGUUGCGUCGCCGACCAACGACGAUGUCAUUAAAGCGAACGCCCAUGAGAAUAUAUUGGAAAUAGGUGAAGACCUGUUAGAAUGCUUUCGGAAGCAGAUCGAAGAAGAUUUACGAACGAAAAUAGAAAGACAGUCGCAAGAGAAGUUUCAUGUGUAUCAGGCGAAAAAAAGGAGGGAAGCCGAGCUAAAAACGCGGGAGUUGCACGCGAAAUAUGAGAAUUACAUUAAAACCGUUCAGGACGAGUUACAGGAACAGCUGGAGGCAGAAUGGGCAAACGCUGCUGAGGAAUGUGCCAAGAAUACUCAGAAAGCAGUUGUGCAGGAACGAAUGAACGUGACCCAUGAUAUGAUGCAAAAGAUGAGAACCGAAAUGGCUUAUGUUGUACAGUCCUUAUACAGAGAGUUCGAGGAUACUUUUCGAGCUCAAAGAGAGAACAUAAUCGCUGAUUUCAAUGGAAUUAUGAGGGAAACGCAUGUAAAAUUAAACGCAGAGAAAAGAGAAUUCGAGUCGAAAGUGGGCAGAGAUUUGUACGUUCAGAAACACCAGCUUCAAAUGCAAAGUACCGUAGAUAUAAUCAAUACCCUCUGUUUGGAACGAUUACGAUUUUGUAAAGAAAAACAUACCAUACACGAACAUUUUCAGAAACAAAUAGCCGGCUUUCACGAACUGAUCGCUCAACUGAAGGAUGUUAUAUGCCUGAUGAGGCAGGAGAUUAUUAAUUGUUACGUUGAGAAAAAGUCGUUGGAAGAACAACUUUGCGAUGUCGUUAAACAGUUUCAGAAGUUCAUCAAUUUUAUAUUUCACACUGUACCGGGACAAGCGGAAUAUUUGUUGCCAUUAGAAUUUCAACGAUCGAUAGUCUCAGACAAAAAUAAAGAAGAAAAGAAUAGCAAAUCUUAAAGACCUAUCUAGAUAAAUAAUUGAUGGAAAUUGACUGGUUACCCCGUGACUUCCGCGCAGAAAUUAGAAACUAGAUUUGGAAUCUGACGACAAUAAAAAGUGGGCUGCUGGUAUUACGUUUCGCUAAAGCACAGUGAGUAUUUAUUUAAACACUUAAAACAAAAGUGUACAUACAAAUUUUGCGCGAUAAUAAAAUUAAAAAAAUGACUGCAAACGCGCAAACGUUUGCUGAACACCGAAUAUGAUUCUUUGAACGUAUGUUUAUUUGGAACAUGUGAAUUUUAUACGUAUUUAUCUGUAUAUCGUACGUGCACAGAUACACCGUAUUAUAAUCUGAAUGAUUCAGACUGAAUCUAGCUGGCCAAUUUCACGAAAAAAUUUCU